AUCAGCUAAAGGGAGUGUCUCGAAUAUUUUCAACGGGUCGGUAUACCUGUCAAACUUAUCUUUUAUAUUUCAUUAUUUUCGAAAUAUAAUCAUGGAUCCAGCUGUCUUCCCCGAGGAAAUAUGGAUUAAAAUUCUUUUAUACUGUGAUGUGCCUGACAUUAUUGCCUUCGGGAGCACCUGUAAAUACCUCAGGAAAACAUCGGACACCGAUUACUUGUGGAAAAUCAAAUGGCUGCAGCUCAUAUCCAAAGUACAAUUCAAAUUUCCUGACAUGAAAUGUCUCCAGUUACUAAGCGUUAGUUUUAAGGCGAUGUGCUACCGACUUCACAUGGUAGUGACGCUGGGAGAGAGCGUUCCAUUCCCUAAGUGCUACCACUGCAGUGGUUACACGUGUCAAAGGAACUGCGUCGAAGGUUCGAGUUCAAAGGUGGUCAUCGAGAUCGGGAACAAAUACACGUGGGUCAUAACGCCUCAUUUUGGUUUAAGACGGCAUUUCUCUAUGUUUGGCAUACCGAAAUGCAACACGGCCAACGCAGAGGUGCAAACACAGGCACCAAGCAUAGCGAGCAGUAGCAGCAGGUUAAAAACUGAUGCAAAAUCAAUUGCCAAAAAGCUGAAACUGGUGAGGCUAUCCGAGCUAGCAACGGCAAAAAUUCCACGACCCAGUGGACCGUUUUGCGUAUUUUGCAAUCCGGUUAAAUUGUAUCGCGAGAAAAAACGCCUCGCAUCGCACCAGAAUGAUGUACAAAAAUACUCUAGUACAAAUCCUAUUUAUCAAAAAUUAUUGAAUGGAUAUUGUGCAGACACCAUUGAGGUUCUCGGAAUUCCUAACGUCGAUGUUGUUAGUCCAGCAGAAGCCCUCUUAAGCGAUGGAACUUUUUCGGUGCUAAAGACUUUCGUCGAUCACUUGUUUCACCAGAUGGGUUUAACGGCGACACUGAGAAAGCCAAACGCUGUACUUAUGUUCUGCGAACCACUCGCCAUGCAUCCAUUACUCAGAAAACAGCUACUUCAUUACUUAUUUCAAGAGGUCAAAGUUGCUAGGGUAUGUUUAGUUCCAAAACCCUUGGCUGCUUGCGCAAUGCUCGAUGUGGAGACUUGCGUUGUAGUAGAUAGCGGUGCUCUGAGUACAACAGUUGCUGUUGUCAUCGGAGGAAGGGUGAUGCCUGAUCGGUGGCGUCUAUUGCCUGUCGGUGGAUAUCACGUAGCCCAUCAUUUAAAACAAGCGAUGCAUUGGCAGCCAAAAGAAUACCAUCAGAUUCCUGUAUCUUAUUUGGACACUAUGGCUGUCAAGGAGAGAUGCAGAUUGAGCUACAACAUUGAAAAUGAAGAACGGAAAAGAGGGCCAACCAGAAGAGAACACAUCAAUCUUAGGGUUGAUAGUUACGCAGAUUACAAACAGUUUUGGAGAGUAUCGCUGGGUUCUGAGCUUUACAUCGCACCUGAGAUGAUGUACGUUAGCCUUGGGCUCCCCGAAGUGAUCAAGGAAGUGACUAUGGGCCUUUCGGAAGAACUGACCCAGGAUUGUCUAUCCCAUAUUCUGUUGACCGGAGGUAACACUGAUUUGGCGGGAUUUGACCUCAGGCUAUCUAAAGAUUUGCGCGAAUUACUUCCGGAGCACAGUCCAAUUUUGGAGGUCAGAAGCUGCCCAGGAACUCACAGCUGGAAUGUGGCUAUGGGAUCAACUUACGUACCUUUGGCCGUACAUCCUGACAAAACGCCACCAGAAUAUGUGGAAGGGAAUCCAUUCUGGUUAUCGCGGGAAGAGUACGUCUUAUUUGGAUGUGAAUCGCUUGAAUAGUAACAAAGUAGCAAAGUGGGAGAUAGAUAUCAAUGACGAAUGAUUCAAGUCAUGAAUACUAGUACCUUAGCAAUGAUUAUGCAAAUUAGCAAACCAGUACAUAUGUCAAGACGUAAUAUCAGGAAGAGAAAUGUUACCAGUGUCAAGUAUAUUCUAUUCCUAUAUUGUCUAUCAACUCGCAAGGUAUGAAUUCUCUUAUAAUAUUAUAAUAAUGUUAAAUUAACUAGAAUGACUUUAUACAUUAUUGAAUGCAUGUAUGUUGUACGGUUUUGAAUAUGCCUGCACAUUAUCGUGUAACCGGCGUCACAUAUUUCAUCUAAUUUCUUCAUAUAUUUUAACAGACUAACUCACCAGAUACCAACUCGAAAAAUUCUUUGCAAAUUAACCUUAUUCAAAUAGUAAAUCAACAAUAAGCAAACUUGCACUUGUAAAACUAUUUUAACAUAACUCUGUUGCAUUAUAAUACAUUCUGAACCAAAUAAGAAUACUUAAUUUCAGAAUGAACGUAUGAAAUUUGAAACUUUUUAACUAUAAUAAUAUUUGAUAUAUAUGAGAAGUUUAAAAUGUUAUUCUAGCUUCCCCGCUCAUGAUACCUGCAGGAACUUCAGAAUUUCUUAUUUCACCAGAUUCUGAAUUCGAGGUUCAACUAAAGAUUGAUAAAAUUACAACUAGAUGAAAAUGAGAAUCUAAUCUGAUUGAAAUGUGGAAUGAACGGUUUCACUGCCUUAUUUCACUAUGCUAAAUUUAUUACUUAUGUAUCUCUGGCAAGUGUUCAACACGCUAUUACAUGACACAAGACUGGGAGAUGUUAUACAGAUGUCAAAAAUUUAGCAAUGAAAAUCUUUAAAACUUUUACUACUUGGUAAAGUUUUCUACGCGCAAUAAAUAGUUUAAUUUUAAUAUGUUACUGCAUCUCUUAUCUCUCCGCUAUAUUCUUUCUUUAAUUCACAUUGAAGAAUGAUAUGGAAAAAGGAAAGUGUGAUCAAAACAACUAGUAUCAUUUAAUUUUGCGCGUUAAAUGAAUUUUAAACUUGCAAUAGUAUUCCGAAGAAUGUCAUUUGUUAUUUCGUAAAUUUAUAUUGGAUUUUUUGCCAAAAAAAAAAAACAAACAAAAAAGCAACACAAUAACGUGCGUGUGUGUGUAUAUAUAUAUAUAUAUAUACAUAAAUGUAUGUAUGUAUGUAGAGAUUUUUCUAGUCACCAUAAACCUACCUAGAACAUUAAGAACAGAGUAUACUUCCAAAAUAGUAAUAUAUACGUAUACAUAUGAUAUAUAUGUAUUGAGUAAUAAUUAGUAAUGAUAAUUAAUUGAGAAAAAGUAAUAAUAUAUUAAACUCAUGAGUCUCUCGUUUAUAGGUUUAUACAAAGUAAGAACAAAGAAGUAAUUGUUAUAAUAAUUUAUACGUCAAGUUUCAUAAUAUUUAUUAAUAAUGACUAUACCUAAUAAUGCUGCUUAUGAUGAGGUAUAAAAUAUAAUUAAUAUUAGUUCACAGCAACGAGCUCAAUGAACAUAUUUUGUUACAUAUUAUAGCAGAUUUUUAUCAGCUUACUAUAUAAUUCCAUCAAUACAAAAUAUUUUCGAUAAGAUAUUGUACAAUUUAAUGAUAAGUUUAUUGAAUUUUACUAGCACAAUGUUGAUUUUUUUUUUUUUUUUUUUUUAACCAUACUUUUUCUUCUCUUCAGGUAGUUCCUUAAACGACUAAAACCUUGAAGGAACUCACAGCACUAAAGCUGCAUUUCUUUUCUAUAAUGUGUAACAAGUUCAUCAUUCCAGUUAUAAUUUCUUCAAUAUCGAUAUCUUAAAAUAUUUCAUUACCGCAACGAACGAGAAUUCGUACUCGGUGAUUCAGUCUCUGUAUUUAUUUUAAGGCUGUACAUUUGGUAACUUGUUGUGAUUUCCUUCAUAGAUUAUUCAUAAUGUGAAUGUUCUCAACAUUCAAAUUUGUAUUAUAAUCAGUGGUCUGCUACAGAUGUGAACAAAGGAUAAUAUACCAACAUCAAUAUAGAAUCAGCUCUAUCUAUUUAAGAAAAAACAGUUUCACACCUGAAUUCUAACAAUCUAAAAUGUCAGUGAAAGUGGAUGAAAAGAAGAAAAAUUGUUAAAUAAUUAUUCAUUUCUCAUCAGUUUUUACAAAAUAUUUAUGUAUAAUCCUGUAAUUAUUGUUGCUUGGCACAAGUUUUUAUCCGAUGGAAAAAUAAAUAAAUAAGUACAUGUGAGUGAAAGGGAUAUGUUAUGAAAUUAUAUCGACACAUUUAAGCUUGUCGUACGCUCAAGCUUUUAUAAUUUUAACAUUUAAUUUUGUUAAAUUAUGUAAAUAACAAGAGAAACACAUUUAUUCAAUAAUUUAUUUCACCACACUUUACAUCAAGAAGUCUCGUUAUAUUAUAGAUAAAAUAAAAUACAACGGCAUGCGUACGAUACACAUAUCCAUAUAUAUUUAUGUUUACACAUACGCACAUGUAUAUGUUUGUGCAUAUAUAUACAUAUGUAUGUAUACGCACACAAUAUUUACACACGCGCACACAAAUGCCUGUGUUUCUAUCGAUGUAUACUAUUUACGACUGUAUAUUUUGUGAAUUUUUUUUUUUUUUUUCUGUCCCAAGAAUAGAAAGCCAAUAAAAAAAAAUAGUUUUAUAAAACUUUUUUUCUAAUCGUUCUAUAUUUUAUCAACUCUCGUUUCCGCUUUAUACUCUUAAGAAUUAUUUCUUCAUCGUUCAGUCCAAAAUAUUAGCGCUUUUUAAUUUGUUCAUACUAAUUGAAUAGUAGCAAUAGAAUUAAUGAAAAUUACAGAUUCGAAUUGUUACAAAUCUGACAAAUAAGUAAAUAACGAAUUGCAUACUCGUUAGAUAAACUGUAAAAACCUUUGGCUAAAUGUGGUAAUAGUUAUUCAUAUCAUUUGAAAAGAAACAUUAUUAUACAUGGUAAUAAUAGAAGAUAUAUUUUUUACUCUAUAAUCUGUGACGUGCAGGUUUAUGACCCAUGAUAAUCACUCUUGCAAUUUAAAUUUACUCCGAUGAUAAAAAAUACGACCGGAAUACAAGAGCGAGGCAAAAGCCUGUUGGAGAUCAUAAAGGCAAGGUACGUACAUCGUGAUUGACAAAUGACUUUAUGCAAAUCACUCAAUCAGUACAAUCUUAUCCUAUGUUACUAACAGUUAAUCGUUUAUUUUACUUACUUUAAUUUUUUUUUUUUUGGUAUCAGGUCAAACCACCCAAGCCACUGAACGUCAAUCUUUGCUAAAUAUCGAUCGUAUCGAUAGACCCGUGUGUUUAUGAACUGUUACACUUGAUCGCUAUGAUUUGAGGCCAUAGUUGCAUUUUAAAAAUUUGCAACGGAACGAAAAAACUACAUGCGAAUCUCCGCGAAAAUGUAUUAUUUUUCUUAAUUUACUUGGGUAUUUCAAGUUCGACAAAAUUAAUGAAAAUAAUGGACUCAAUGGGUAUACAUAAAUAUAAAUAUCACGUUUUAAUUUGAUAGAAAAUGUGAACGGUUAAGAAUCUGUACAAAAAUGACGUUUCAAAGAUUCUGUCAUAUUUAAAUUCAAGAAGCAUGUAUGCUAGAACUAGAAAUUUGAAGUACAAACAACGUAUUUUAUGACAAGUUCGCUAUUAGAAAUG